CCGACAAUGAUUUCUAAAUGGUAAAUAAUAUAACCAUUUGUCUGUAAUCAGCAGCCACUUGACAGUUUGUGGUAUUUAAGACUCUUAAAUUCCUGUCAGAGAUGCAUUUGUGAUGAAAAUACAAGGGGCUUAGUGAAAGCUAAUAGGACACUCAUUUUGGUUGCUGAUUCCCUAAUUUGCAUAUUAGUUCCAUGCUUUGCUUUGUUGUGUUCUGUGAAGGAACCUUCACCAUUAUUAUCGUGUUGAUGUCACCUAGUUCUACAUUCCGUACACUGUGAAUUUGAGGUGCUUUUGUAGAUUCUCCAUCACUUGGUGUCUGAAAGCUCAGCUAUCCAGUCCCUCUGAAAAGACAGUUGUUCACUUGUUCACUGCGUUCAGCAAAAUUGUUUAUUCAAACCUGUUCAAAACUCAAACAUGGAAGCCCACAUCAUUUUUCAACAAGUCCAAAAGAUGAGACCAUCCUGCUUCUCUGUAGAAGAGCAAUGUUGCUACAAAGCAGAGAAAAUGAUGCUGAGGCAGUUUAUGCUCUUGAAGCAGCGGGGGCAAGUUCCACGUUAUUUAUCUGUCAGAGACAUGAAGACCUGGCUGUUGAGAGGAAGAAGCUUCCUGGAGGAGUUUCUGGAAACAAAUGAGAGUACUGGGGAAAGGGACCUGUUCAUGGCUGAAUUGGCCUGGACCACAGCGAGGCACUUCUGUCUCGCUCAGAUGGAAGAAGAGCUCCUGGAGGAACUGAACAAAGAAAAGCAGCUUUCACAGCUGUUGAGCAGGGAGGUCACACUGGAGGGCCUUGAGAUGUUUGUCUCAGUCGUCCACCCAGCAGCAGAGGAGGAUGUAAAAACCUUCCUUCCAUCUAUGCACGCCAAACUGCUAAGAAUUUUCGGAGGCAUUCAGAUCAACAGCGGUCCACUCUCUGAAGGGGACACAAAACCAGCAGAGCUCUUGGAGCUUGAACAGAGUGCUGCGUCCCUGGUGCCAGAGGUGGUGGACAUUGCUCUCAAGUUCCUCCUGGAGGAACCAGAGCUAAAAGACAAAUGUAAACUUGCCAGUGCUGAGAUUGGCAAACUUCUGACUAACUCAGCAGCUCCUUGCCUUUCUCAGUUUGGAUCUGUGUCAAGAACUGUUGUGCUUAGCGUCUGCACUAGAGCUGCCCGAUCCAUUGUGAAAGCCAUCUUUGAGAGGUUCGACCAGCGCUCCAAGUCCUUCCACCAGAUGGACUAUGAUGAGAGUGAUUUCUCUGCCGGAUACGGUGCCAUCUUUGCUAUCCAGGAAAUGGUCAAAGAAAAGUACCUUCGGCUCUUCGCCUCAGAGGAGCAGGAAGGGGCACUUCUUGAGAAGAGAGAGGUUUCUCCACAAGUGCAUGAAAAUAUGGCCACUGCUCCAAACGAUGUGACCGAGGACACAGUCUUGGUCAAAUCGGGUACCAGUGUGGCUGUGUUCAUGGCUGAUGAGCCGGAAGAACUGCAGCAGGAAGAUGUGAAGGAAUCGCACACAGAAGAAACCCUGGUUCAGGACACUGCCAUCCAGAACAUGGACCACGGAGUGCGAACAGAUACAUCCACCCACAGUCACGCUGGCCUCUGGAGUUCAGAGAGACUGGAUGACCAACUACUGGAGAAGAAGGAAACCUCCCAAGGAGUCCCUGGGGAUGAAGAGUUGGCCAUUAUGCAAUAUCAUUUGACUGAGGUAUCAUCGUCAGUCAAGUUCGAGGAGAUCAAGGUGAAGAAGCAGUUGUCAGUCAUUGUGCAUGCACCUUGCUCCCUUCACCCUGUUCCCCUCAUCCCUGCUCCCCUCAUCCCUGCUUCCCUCAUCCCUGCUUCCCUCAUCCCUGCUUCCAUCAUCCCUGCUCCCCUCAUCCCUGCUUCCCUCAUCCCUGCUCCCCCUGCUCCCCUCAUCCCUUCACCUCCUUCUCCCUUCUGGAUGCAGCUCAAGUUCAUCAAGUUGGUUACCAGAGCCAAUAUCCCCACUUGUUCAGUGGACCCCAUGCCUACUAUCAUGGUCAAGGCAUGCCUCUCUAACCUCUGUCCCAUCACAGUGGACAUCAUAAACACUUCUCUGGUAUCUGGCUCGGUACCCUCCUGCUUCAAAACAGCUGCCGUUACUCCUAUUCUCAAAAAGCCCAGUUUGGACCCGGAUGACCUCAACAACUACCGUCCGAUCUCCAACCUUCCCUUCAUGAGCAAAAUUGUGGAAAGAGCAGUUGCCGCCCAACUUCAUCAACACAUGUCCCACUAUGAUCCCUAUGAAACCUUCAGUCUGGCUUCAGAGCACAUCACAGCACUGAGACCGCCCUCAUCAAAAUCACUAAGUUCCCCUCAUCCCUUCAUCCUACUCCCCUAUCCCUUCACCCUUCUGGAUGCAGCUCAAGUUCGUCAAGUUGGUUACCAGAGCCAAGAUCUCCACUUGUUCAGUGGACCCCAUGCCUACUAUCAUGGUCAAGGCAUGCCUCUCUAA